GGAGGGAAAAGUUCCCUGCGCCGGGAGCCGGGCAGGCGCACGCUCGUACGGCGGCCGCAGCGGCAGGGCGGGGCCGCGGAGGAGCCGGUGGCGGCGGAGGACGCCCCUGGGGCCGCGACUCGCUCCCCUCGGGGACUCUGUCGGACCUCGUAGAGGUACCGGGGGCCCGAGGGCUUUCGCACGCAGCCAUGGGCGGCGUCGGGGAGCCCGGCGGGGGGCCCGCGCAGCCGGGGGCGCCGCUGCCCACCUUCCGCUGGGAGCAGAUCCGCCAGCACAACCUGCCGGACGACAAGUGGCUGGUCAUCGAGCGUCGCGUCUACGACAUCAGCCGCUGGGCACAGCGGCACCCUGGGGGCAGCCGCCUCAUUGGCCACCACGGCGCUGAGGACGCCACGGAUGCCUUCCGCGCCUUCCACCAGGACCUCAAUUUCGUGCGCAAGUUCCUGCAGCCCCUGCUGAUCGGAGAGCUGGCCCCCGAGGAGCCCAGCCACGAUGGACCCCAGGACGCCCAGCUGGUCAAGGACUUCCGAGCCCUGCGCCAGGCGGCUGAGGACAUGGAGCUGUUUGAGGCCAAGCCCGCCUUCUUCGCCCUCCUGCUGGGCCACAUCCUGGCCAUGGAGGUGCUCGCUUGGCUUGUCAUCUACCUCUUCGGCCCGGGCUGGGUGCCCAGCGCCCUUGCCGCCCUUGUCCUGGCCACCUCCCAGGCUCAGUCCUGGUGUCUGCAGCAUGACCUGGGCCAUACCUCGGUCUUCAGGAAGUCCCAGUGGAACCACGUGGCCCAGCAGUUUGUGAUGGGGCAGCUGAAGGGCUUCUCGGCCCACUGGUGGAACUUCCGUCAUUUCCAGCACCACGCCAAGCCCAACAUCUUCCACAAAGACCCAGAUGUGACCGUGGCGCCCGUCUUCCUCCUGGGGGAGUCGUCCGUUGAGUACGGCAGGAAGAAGCGCCGCUACCUACCCUACAACCACCAGCACCUGUACUUCUUCCUGAUCGGCCCACCGCUGCUCACCCUGGUGAACUUUGAAGUGGAAAAUCUGGCCUACAUGCUGGUGUGCAUGCAGUGGACGGACCUGCUGUGGGCCGCCAGCUUCUACUCGCGCUUUCUCUUGUGCUACACCCCCUUCUACGGCCUCCCCGGGGCUCUGCUCCUCUUCGUUGCUGUCAGGGUCCUGGAGAGCCACUGGUUCGUGUGGAUCACGCAGAUGAACCACAUCCCCAAGGAGAUCGGCCACGAGAAGCACCGGGACUGGGCCAGCUCUCAGCUGUCAGCGACCUGCAACGUGGAGCCCUCGCUCUUCAUUGACUGGUUCAGCGGGCACCUCAACUUCCAGAUUGAGCACCACCUCUUCCCCACGAUGCCGAGGCACAACUACCGCAAGGUGGCCCCGCUGGUGCAAGCGCUGUGUGCCAAGCAUGGCCUCAGCUACGAGGUGAAGCCCUUCCUCACCGCCCUGGUGGACAUCGUUGGGUCCCUGAAGAAGUCUGGUGACGUCUGGCUGGAAGCCUACCUCCACCAGUGAGGGCAGCACCCAGGGCCCUGGCUGACACCAAGCUGGCCCAGGCCGGCCUGACACCUCCCCCUCUCCCCCCUCCCCACCUGGCCGAGGGGGCCCUGCCUACCCUUCUGGAUCUGCUGUCUUCACCUCGGCCCCCUCACCUGUCUGCUUGGUGGCCCUGAGGCCAUGGCUCUUGGCCAAACAGGACCAGGGCUAGGGGGAUGGUACAUAAAGCCACACAGCAUGGCAUGUUUUCCCAGAGCAAGAAUUUAGGGAAAACUCUUAUUUUUAUAUAAAAACAAACCCAGAUACA